AAGAAUUGGAUUCACCUUCCGGGGAGCGCGUGCUCUAUCUAUCCUUUACUCGGAAGCAAAUAAAAAAUAUCACCAAAUUCAUCAAUCGAAACCCUCGCGUUAAUCUCUCGGAAUUCGUCGACGGGAAUACCUCAUUACCAUUCUGUGAUGUUCGGCUGAUAUUAUCACCGGAAAUUCGUUCUCAAGAAACAAGUAGCUUAUUUUCCACUGAAGCACCGGGGGCGGCGGGCGACACGGCGGCAGAAGCGUCGGUGAACAUCUUUUAAAGACCAAAAGUAAAUAUGCUGGAAAGUCCUGCCAUAGAUUCAUCAAUCACAGCCAGAAUUGCAACCGUUAAACGCUAUGCACCUCCCAAUCAGCGGAAUCGCUCACUUGGUAGGCGAAAAUCCGGAGGAGAUCACCUCGAACGAGCUAACGGCAAUAGUAAUGAUGGCGAGAAGAAUCAAAUUAGUGCCUCUAGGUCUACAUCUACUUUAGAUGAUGCUGGUGGCAGAUAUCAAGCGAAUGAUAGUCAUCGGACAGGGUUAAUACCGCUACAAGGAUGUUCUGGCAGUGAUGCUUUUCAGCUUCUGAAUAACCGUUGGAUGGCUGCUCUGAAUGCUUACAACAAUUUACCAUAUGAUUCUCCUGAAAGGCCAGUUAUGUACACAAAAAAGUCACAUUGGGGGCAUGCAAUGGUUCCCCAUCAGUUAAUGUCACAAGGUGGAGGUGCAUCUUCUUCUGGGUUGCAGAAGGACUUCUUAAGUGAGCUUCAACUUGCAAUGCAUGGUACAAGUGUCAGUUCUAAUUCCUAAUUGUUACCUUUAAGUGCCCAAAGCCGUUUUAAAAUCAGGCAGUUUGGGACUGUUUGCAAUGUAAUAUUAGAUGCAUGUUGUAAGUUGUUAUCACCCCUGAUAAGCUACUUGUUUAAGAAGACAGCCUCUGAUUGCACCCUGAAAACAUUGGCAAUUUUGCACUCUUCCUUUUA